AUGAAAGUCACAUUAAAGUUAUGUAAUUCAUCGUCACCGACACCGAAUUGCCACCACUUCAAACUUUCCAAAAGCUCAACAUUAUCAAACGAAUAUGGGCGGUCAGCAUGCACCUCAGAUCCAAAUUUAAUGCCAGAAUAUAAAGACGUAUUUGGUGAAAUCGGCUGUUUACAAGGAGAAUAUCAUAUUAUUACUGAUCCUGAAGUUAAGCCCGUUAUACAUCCACCUAGAAUAAUUCCCAUCUCGAUGAUGGACAAACUUAAAGCAGAAUUAGAAAGAAUGAAACAACUUGACGUGAUAGAUACGAUUGAUGGACCAACCGAUUGGGUGAGUUCCUUGGUGAUCGUCGAGAAACCUAAUGGCCAAAUUCGCCUAUGUCUUGACCCAAGGGAUCUUAACAAAGCAAUCAAACGGCAUCAUCAUCCCAUGCCAACUGUCGAUGAAAUACUAGCUAAGCUUGAAGGAGCAAAAGUAUUUUCAAAAUUCGAUGCGUCAAGUGGAUAUUAA